CUGGCAGCCCAGGUCCAAGUGAGCAGGGGGGGCACUGGAGCCACCAGCAUGCUGGAAGAGCUUCUGAUCAUCUCUUUCCUUCUUUCUCCAGCUCCAGUUAGUACUUUAGGAGAACUCUCAGGGGUAAAGAAAUAUGAAGUGGUUUUUCCCAUAAGACUUCAUCCACGACAUAAAAGAGAGGCCCAACAGCCUCAGCAACAGGAAAACUUUGAAACUGAAUUAAAGUAUAAAAUGACAGUUAAUGGAAAACUUGCAGUGCUUUAUUUGAAAAAAAACAAGAAUCUCCUUGGCCCAGGCUACACGGAAACAUAUUAUAAUUCCACUGGAAAGGAGGUCAUCACAAGCCCACAAAUCAUGGAUGACUGCUACUAUCAAGGACACAUCAUUAAUGAAAAAGUUUCCGAUGCUAGCAUCAGCACGUGUAGGGGUCUAAGGGGCUACUUUAGUCAAGGGGAUCAAAGGUACUUCAUUGAACCUUUAAGCCCAACAAAUCAGGACGGACAGGAGCAUGCACUCUUCAAGUAUAACCCUGAUGAAAAGACGGCUAAUAGCUCCUGUGGGAUGGAUGAUGUGUUAUGGGUGCAGGGAUGGCAGCAGAAUGUGGCCCUGUCCGCCACAAGACUGGUUAAAUUGGAUGACCAGAAGGUUCAGGAACGUAAGAAAUACAUAGAAUAUUAUUUGGUCAUGGAUAAUGGUGAGUUUAAAAAGUACAAUGAAAACCCAGAUGAAAUAAGAAAGAGGGUGUUCGAGAUGGUCAAUUAUGUCAACAUGCUUUAUAAAAAGCUCAACACUCAUGUGGCCUUAGUUGGUAUGGAAAUCUGGACUGAUGAGGAUAAGAUAAAGAUAACCCCAAAUGCAAGCGUCACCUUGGAAAAUUUUUCUAAAUGGAGGGGGAGUGUCCUCCCAAGAAGAAAGCGUCAUGAUAUUGCUCAGUUAAUCACGGCAACAGAAUUUUCUGGAACAACCGUGGGCCUUGCUUUUAUGUCUACAAUGUGCUCUCCUUAUCAUUCAGUUGGCAUUGUUCAGGACCACAGUAGCAAUCUUCUUAGAGUUGCGGGGACAAUGGCCCAUGAAAUGGGCCACAACUUUGGAAUGUUCCACGACUCCUACGUCUGCAAGUGCCCUUCCACGAUAUGCGUGAUGGACAGAGCACUAAGCUUCUAUAUACCCACAGACUUCAGCUCCUGCAGCCGCAUCAGCUAUGACAAGUUCUUUGAAGAUAAAUUAUCAAAUUGCCUUUUUAAUGCUCCAUUGCCGACAGAUAUCAUAUCUAUCCCGAUCUGUGGGAACCAGUUGGUGGAAAUGGGAGAGGACUGCGAUUGUGGGACUCCCGAGGAAUGUACCAACACCUGUUGUGAUGCUAAAACAUGUAAAACCAAAGCAAGUUUUCAAUGUGCAUUAGGAGAAUGCUGUGAAAAGUGCCAGCUAAAAAAGGCUGGGAUGGUGUGCAGACCAGCAAAAGAUGAGUGUGACCUGCCUGAAAUGUGUGAUGGUAAAUCUGGUAAUUGCCCUGAUGAUAGAUUCCGCAUCAAUGGCUUCCCUUGCCAAAAUGGGAGGGGCUACUGCUUGAUGGGGACAUGCCCUACGCUGCAGGAGCAGUGCACCGAGCUGUGGGGACCAGGAACCAAGGUUGCAGAUAAGUCAUGUUACCACAGGAAUGAAGCUGGGUCAAAGUACGGGUACUGCCACAAAGUGAAUGACACGAUCGUUCCCUGCAAAGCAAAUGACACCAUGUGCGGAAAGUUGUUCUGUCAAGGUGGGUCAGAUAAUUUGCCCUGGAAAGGACGUAUAGUAACUUUCCUGACAUGUAAAAUGUUUGAUCCUGAAGACGCAAUUCAGGAAAUAGGCAUGGUGGCCAAUGGAACUAAGUGUGGAAAGAACAAGGCCUCUGUUCUCCUUGUUGCAGACUUCUCCAUUGUGGUUGGGGUGCUGUUCCCAGUGGCAGUCAUAUUUGUGGUGGUUGCUAUAGUAAUCCGACAACAAAACACCAGAGGAAAGCAGAGGAAAGUCAAGAGGACACUACCUGCCAAUGGCCCCAGGCCACUCAAACAGAAGAGAAGACCCCAGAUGAUGAAGGCUAUUCAACCCCAAGAGAUGAGUCAGAUGAAGCUCCAUGUGUCUGAUCUGCCAGUAGAAGGCACUGAGCCUCCAGCUUCUUUUCUAAUUACAAAGCCAGAUUUUCCUCCACCACCAAUUCCUACAUUCGUACCAUCUUCCUCUUUCCUUCAUAAAGACACAAAAUCACUUCCCUCUGAUGUUUUCAAAGAUAAGCCAAUGUCUACACCUAAGGGCUCAAAUCCAAAAGUCUGAAGCAACAGCUAAGUAAGAAUUGGUGGGUAAAUGACCAACCUGGAAGGCUGGACAGUCUGGAUGGAAGAGAAAUAUACCUACUUUAUCACUAUUUGCUCUUGACACUGAAAGAGGUUAACAUUUCCUGAUUCAUGUUAUACUUUGAAGAAAUUGGUUAAAUUUAGAUUUUUCAAGAGACUCACUCUUGGGAAUCUCUGUAUGAGUUUAAAAUUUCUAUUCUCCAUACUCAUGGGAAGGAUGAUGACUAUGAAGAAAUAUUUAUGAAGCUUGAAUCUCUAACUAGGUGACUUUCUUAGACACCCUCCAUUUUGUUUUUUCCUAUGACAUUGACUAAUAUUUCUUCAAAUAUUUUGAACACCUGGAUUUGCUCAUUUGAUAGGGAUUAAUUCACCCCUACAGAAAAAAUUUCAAAAAAGUUCACAGAAACUGAAAGAAGUGAGAGAAAAAUUGUACAUUCAUUAUUAAAUGUGUAGGAAAUCUUGAUUGUUUUAACUCUUGUUGAAUUAGGACCCUCAGUUAAGACAAAAAUCAUAUAAACAUUCCCUGUUUUAUGUAAUAUAUCUCUUUUCUACAUUAUUUUCUGAAAUUCUUAUUAGCUGUGUUAUUUGAGAUUUUCUAUAAUUGAGUAAAAACCUUAUUAAUUUUAAAAAGUAUUAUAGAUAUUUGUAUGAUUCAAUUACUGGUAUGGUUAACCUGAACUUCACUUUCUAAAUAAGGAAAGUUUUAGUUAAAUAAAUAAAUAGCAUAAACAAGAGAUUGCAAAAUGGUGACCUGCGGGCCAUGUUUGGACUGCAGAUAUAUUUUAUUCGGCCUGAAUGAUGUUGGCCACAUAGUAUUUUUAAAUGUUUUGAAUUUAUUGCCAAUAUUUAAAAGUUGGGAAACCUUGCAUAAACACCCAGAUCCCCAGCUUUUUAAAAGUAAUCAGAUGGUUUGUCAACACUGGAAUCACAUUGCUCAUAACAACCAUCAGCUUAAUUGUUUGGCAGUGAAGCAAAUAGUGUUGGUUGACUACAAAAUAUCUCCCUUUUUCCUUGCUGUCUGACUCCAAUUUUGUUCAGUUAUUUAUUUUUUAGGAAAGAUGAUCCUAACUUCAUCUCAUAAAUAAAUCCCUAUUACUCUAAGUCAAUCACAAUCAUCUCAUUCUUCUUGCCAGUGGUUGAUUUGGAGGUGAGUGUAUAACCCCUGUUUUUUCCCAGUGAGAUGAAAGAGAAGGUAUGUUGGGAAAUAAAGGGAAGUAUGUCCUCAUCCAUUCCUCUGGAUAUUGGCAUCUUGAUAUCCCGUGUAGCGCUGGUGUGGUUAUUCUGUGAUUAUAAAGGCGAGGAUGACAUACUGAAUAAGACAGGAAGAUGAAGUGCAUACAACCUGGCCUUUUAAUGAGAUAAUUUAAUUGGUAGAUUAAUAACUCCUGGAGUCUCCCCACAUUUUGUUGGGAACUUCUUGUAACAUGAUCAAUAAAUUUUUCUUAUUGUUUAAGCCAU